AUGUUCCCGUUGUUCGCUUUUGGUCAUAUGACUCCGUACUUGCAUCUAGCCAACAAACAGCAUCGUCUUUCACCUAUCACUGUUCCUCAUGUUGAUGGUCUCCCUGCUGGCACCGACACCGUGUGCGAUAUCCCCGUCACGUUGUGGAAGUUCUUCACCGAAGCCUUUGAUCUGACACGCUCUCAGGUCGAAGCCGCAGUUCGUGCCUUGAAACCGGACCUGAUCUUGUUCGAUCUUGCUCACUGGAUUCCGGAAGUGGCAAAGAGCAUGGAGUCAAGAGUAUGA